AUGAACAUUGUGGUAAUCUAUGUCAAGCUCUUUAAACGCAAACCCGAAAAGAUCUACAGCUGGGAGGCAAUGCAGGAGGAUUUGGAGCUCGGAGAUCAAAACCAUCCCAUGGUUCUUGUCCAAAUACCAAUGUACAACGAGCGAGAGGUCUUUCAAUUAUCCAUAGGUGCUGCUUGCAGGCUCAUAUGGCCAUUGGAUCGACUAAUCGUUCAAGUUUUGGAUGAUUCCACUGAUCCCACCAUUAUGGAAAUGGUGAGCAUGGAGUGUGUAAAAUGGGCAAACAAAGGCAUAAACAUAAAAUGCGAGAGGAGAGACAAUCGAAAUGGCUACAAAGCUGGAGCUCUUAAGCAAGGCAUGAGGCAUAGCUACGUCAAACAAUGCAGCUACAUUGCCAUCUUCGAUGCCGAUUUUCAACCAGAUCCCGACUACCUCCAACGCGCUGUUCCAUUCCUCAUCCACAAUCCCGAACUCGCUCUUGUUCAAGCUCGAUGGAAAUUUGUGAACGCAAACAAGUGCUUGAUGACUAGGAUGCAGGAGAUGUCACUCAAUUACCAUUUCAUGGCAGAGCAAGAAUCCGGAUCCACUAGACAUGCCUUCUUUGGCUUCAAUGGGACCGCAGGUGUAUGGAGACUGCUGGCGAUGGAAGAAGCCGGUGGAUGGAAAGAUCGGACCACCGUGGAGGACAUGGACUUGGCAGUUCGAGUUGGUCUACACGGCUGGAAAUUUGUCUUCAUCCACGACCUUGCGGUGAAAAGUGAGCUACCAAGCCAAUUUAAGGCUUUCAGAUUCCAGCAACAUCGAUGGUCAUGCGGUCCAGCUAAUCUCUUCAGAAAAAUGACCAUGGAGAUUAUUCACAACAAGAGAGUGACGAUUUGGAAGAAAUUAUAUGUGAUCUACAGCUUCUUCUUCGUACGGAAGAUCAUUGUCCAUUUCUUCACAUUCUUUUUUUAUUGCGUCAUUCUUCCAACGAGCGUAUUCUUUCACGAAGUCCACAUUCCGACUUGGUCAACUAUGUAUGUUCCUUUUCUGAUCACUCUCUUCAAUGCCAUUGCCACACCAAGGUCAUUCUAUCUCGUGGUUUUUUGGGUCUUGUUCGAGAAUGUAAUGGCUAUGCAUCGAACCAAAGGAACUUUUAUUGGCUUACUUGAAGGAGGAAGAUGUAACGAAUGGGUCGUCACAGAAAAAUUAGGAGAUGCUUUAGAGACUAAGUUACUUCCUCAAGUGAGAAAACCUCGCAAUGGGAUUCUUGAAAGAGUAAAUUCAAAGGAGAUGAUGGUGGGGAUAUACAUACUGUGUUGUGCCUCCUAUGACCUUGUCUUUGGGAAUACAUUGUUAUAUAUUUAUCUUUACAUGCAGGCUCUUGCAUUUAUUAUUUCUGGUGUAGGUUUUGUAGGAACUUAA